AUGCAAUUAAUAGAUUUAUUGAUUUUAACAAUAAGUUUUUUAGUAUAUAAAGUAAUUUUUAUCCUCAUACCUGUUUUAUCGUCUUUUUUAAAUGUUUAUGAUACGUCAACUUUACUUAUUUUAGAAAAACCAAAGAAUAUUUUACAAAAAAUUAUAGUAUCAUUGGUACGUUGGGAUAGUGUAUAUUUUAUAAUUUUAGCUCGCCGUGGACGGCUUUUUGAACAAGAAUGGGCUUUUGGUCCUGUAUUUCCUCAUACUGUACGUUUAUUUACAGAUCAUAUUUUUUUAAGUAAAUCUCUUUAUAAUUAUGCUUUUCUUUCAAUUGUUAUUUCUCAUUUAUUUCAUCUUUUUUCCAUUUUCUCUCUUUAUUACCUUACUUUUAAAAUCUAUCAGUCUCGAAAUAUGGCAAUAAUUACAUCAUUUCUUUAUCUUGUAUCUCCAUCUGGAAUAUUUCUAUCGGCUGGAUAUACAGAAAGCUUUUUUUCAUUUUUUAUAUUUACUGGCUUUAUUUUUUUUGAAAAAGAUUAUAAUUUUUUAGCAUCAUUAGCAUGGUGCGUAGCAUCAACAAUCAGAAGCAAUGGUCUUCUUUGGUCUAUUUUUUUCUUGCACUCAGCAUUUAUAUGGGUAUGCCGUUUUUUUAAAUACCCUGGGUUUAUAUUAUUUUUUAGAAUAAUAAAAUUUGGGAUUUGUAGUUUAAUAGUUGGCAUUGGUUUUUUUUGGAUUCAAUACCGUGCUUAUGUUGAAUUUUGUCACCCAGAAAAAAAACGUAGUUGGUGUUUUGAAAGUUUUCCUUUAAUAUACUCAUUUGUUCAAAGCUAUUACUGGAAUGUCGGGUUUUUCAAAUAUUUUACACUACCACAAAUUCCAAACUUUAUAUUGGUAUCACCUGCUAUAUAUAUUUCUAUGAAAUCAGUAAUAUAUUAUUUUUUUAAAAAUAAAGAUCAAUUUAAAAAAACUUCUCAGAAAUUAAAUUCUUAUUAUAUUAUACAGCUAUUAAUGACUAUAAUAUGCAUAUUUACUACGCAUAUUCAAAUAUUUACUAGAAUGAUUUCUUGUUUACCAGGUAUAUACUGGUGGUUAGCUAAUUGUUUGUUAAAUGAUUGGUUAAAUUUUAAUAAAACUUUAAAUGAAAAAAAAGAAUCAUUAUAUUGGACGCGAAUCUGGAUUUUAUAUGGAAUGGUUCAAGCUGUUUUAUUUGGUGCAUUUCUACCUCCAGCAUAA